GUAGAAACCAGAGUCUGUCCACCACAUGUAUCACCUGUAUUAUUAGUGAACAAGGGUUUUAGUUUAGGUUAUGAGGAAAAAAAUUGAUGUGACCUAAGGGGAUAUGUAUUAUAAGAAAUAGUUAAAAAGAAUCAGACAGAUUUUUAGCUCACAGCAGACAAAGACUGAUGAUUAGCAGUCCUGGAAAUAAGAAACUUGUCAAGCAUCACUAGUCGUUUAGAUGGGACAAAAAAACGAGGUCCUGUGUACACAUUGGCUUGCACGUAAAAGAUCCCUUGGCAGUUGGAAUUCGAGUAGGCAGUAGCGCCACUGUCCAUCUUCAUUAGCCCAGUCGGAGCAGAACAGGCCGACGUGAAAGAUGAUACAAAAUGGGAAAGACUAUUGAAUCUGUGACCUUUGACCCCUCCUAUUAUCCAGCUGCUGUAGUGAGUUGUGCUGUGUUUUUAUAUUUAUAUAAGUAUGCUGGUCCAAAUAUAUCCUCAAAACUCAGCCCAAAAUAUAGUUCCUUGACUGAAGCAGAUAGAAUUGAUUGGAAUACAAGGUUCAACUCCAGCCUUCAUUCAACAUUUGUUAGUUGUAUGUGUGUAUAUUCACUUAUAUAUGAUGAGGAUAUAAGUAAUGAACCAAUAUGGGCUAAUUCCCCCAUGGUUCGUACAAGUUGUGCAAUAGUAGUAGGCUAUAUGACAUGUGAUGUGUUGAUAAUGACUAUUCAUUAUAAAAAAAUUGGAGAAGUAUUUUACUUUUUUCACCAUGGUGCAUCAAUUUAUGCUUAUUUUUAUGUGAUGACAUAUGGUGUAUUACCAUAUUUUGCAAAUUUCCGUCUAAUGGCUGAAUUUUCAACUCCAUUUGUAAAUCAAAGGUGGUUUUUAGACAAAUUGAAAUAUCCACGAACAAGUACAGUCUUCAUGUUAAAUGGUUUAGCUAUGACCAUAACCUUUUUCUUUGUAAGAAUAGCAGUAAUGCCUACAUAUUGGAGGAGAGUGUAUAGUGUGAUUGGUACUGAACCUUUUAAAAGACUGGGACAUAUUUCACUUGUAUUAGUUAUAACCUGUUUUAUAUUGGACAGUAUUAACAUAUUUUGGUUCUAUAAAAUGUGUCAUGGAGUUAGAAAGGUUUUGACCAUUUAUUCAAAUAAAACCCCUGUUCCUGUGUUAAAUCAUGUUGAUAAAGAAGAGUAAUAUUUUUAAAAUGUUUCUCCUGUCAGUUAAUUUAGUUUACAUGUGUACUAAGCAUAUUUGCAUUAUUUCAUUUUUAAAAUUUGUAUAUUCUACUAGUCACCUAGUACCUUUUGCGUUUAUCGGUACACCCAGUGUUUUUGACAAUGUAAUUAUAAAUUAAUUUAAAAUCAUUGUAGUGGUCAUUGAAAUACUUAAGACCCUUUUUAUUAUCUAUUGUAAUUUGUUCUAAGAAUUUCUGUUGUUGUUGUUAUGAUUGACUUGUUUUGCUAUUUUUUGCCCCUUUAAAGCCGCUGAUCGUCAUUUAUGCAUUUUGAAUCCCUUGAAGACAAAUUGUGAAAUUUGCGUCUCUAAAAAAAAUAUCAAUCCAAAAAUUGGAUCGGUUCUUAUUUAAAAAGAUAUGAUGAAUUAAAAGUAUUUUGUAACAUUCGGCAUCCUCUGAGUACAAUACAAACAAACCAGCACCACCAAUAAGUGUUAAGUAAAAUCUUGACGGACCUCUUUUAAUCUGACUGAAUCCAAGCUUGUCGAUUAUUUACCACUGAUGUAUAUCUUUGUUCUUAAUUAAAUGUUAAAUAAUCAAUUUGAGUACAAGUUAGUGCAGAUUAAAAUGCAAAUGAUGGUCAGCGGCUUUGAACCUAUUUUUUUUUAUGUUUUUGGUUUCAAAUAAUGAAUGCACCAGAAAUCCAAGGUUCUUUGUAGAAACUUUGUAUUGAGGAAAGCUCAUGACCAUUGAAAUAUUUUAUUGCCAGUUUCAUCCAAUGUCUAGCGGGUACAAUCUGGUCACAAAAAAAAGGAAUUUAUCCCUAGGGCAUUAUCCCAUCCUUAUAAAAUUUAUGAUAUGUAACCAAGUCAAAACAUGGAAUGUAAUAUUAAGUAUGUCAUUGUUAAUUUUCAUACAUAAAUGGUGAUUUGAAUUAGUGCUGGCACGAUAUAUCAUUGGAUCGAUGUACUGUGAUUCACCUUCUCACGAUACGUGUAUUGAAUCGUGAGACGCUGAAUCGAUAUAUCUUGAUUCUUUUUUUUUGUCGCUUCAGUAACCAACCUGUCACUCUUAAAGAUGGGUUCCCAGAAAAGUAUUUAUCGGGUGGUUAUUUCCAAUAAAAAUAUGGUAAUUUUGGUAUAUAUGGAAAGUAGAGAUAUCUAAUCUUACUAGAAAAAUACUGGAUUUCCCGAAAAACACUCAUGGAGCGUAUACAGGACAAAAAUGUAAGGGUUACCCUAAUCAACAGCCCGACGAUUAGAAAUUUCUGCACGCGUGAUGUCAAAGGUCACACGCGAACAUUGAGCGCUUGAUGUACAAGUUGAUAAACUUUAUGAAGAGUUAGACGUACAACACUUUCUGAGAUAAAAAUGACGGAAAGAGACUCGGGUAGUGGCUAAUCCGAGAAUUUAAUUAGGAUUCGAUAUUUGUAAUAGUAAGCGAUUAAAGACAACAUCGUCUUAUGUAUGCAAUGAAUUCUCCUCUGACUUCCAAGAGAGGUAAGUCACGUGACGUAAACGUGACCUGGUUUGAUCAAAUUUUUAUAGCAGGACAUUCCUUCGCAAUUACAAUGUUUGAGAAGGAUUUGAAGCAAAAUUAUGACAAAUUAAUUAGUUUGAAUAUGUUUUUAGUCCAUAUAUACCAUUAAAUCACCCAGUUUGUACGCGGGAACCCAUCUUUAAAGGACAAUAUUGGUGCCAGUCAUUAUCACAUAUGUGAUAAAGCUGGUUAAACACAUUCCAAAUAUAAUUUUAACACAGAUCAUUGCUACGAUUGCUGAAUAAUACAGGUUUCCUGAAUCAGAAGUGACCAACGCCAAAGGAAAACACAAGUCAUACCUCUAUAUAACUGAUUGAUGUGACGAGUGAUAACAGAUACACGGCCGAAUUUUUGCUAACUAAUAAUUCCUUCGAAGACCAAAAGUUGUUAUGGGACUGUAAGAGGAUACCUGACAAUUCAAUAAAGUAAUUGAAUGUCAUUAGAUAAGAGAACACGAGAAAAAGAAAUAAUCCAAACAUUCCCUUGUUUAUAUUCAUUCUAUACCGUAUAAAAACAUGGUAAUGCACAGACUUUUUCUGUUUUUCUUUCGUGUUCUCUUAUCUAGUGGCAGUCAAUUCUUUUUAUGAAUUGUCAGAUAUCCUCUCACAGUCUCACACAACAAUGAUCUCUGUGUUGAAAUUAUAUUUGGAAUGUGUUUAAUUAGUUCUAUCACAUAUUUGAUAAUGACUGACACCAAUAUUGUCCUUUAAUUAUCCACUUAACACAUUAUCCAUAGGUACACAAACACUCUUAAAUUGUUUUGGUCCUUAUUUUGAUCCACAUCAAUAUUGUGAUUAAAAAUAUUAAUUUAAUUCAUUUAUCCUGUUGUUUUCUUUGUCAAUAUUGACCUGGUUAUGAAUCGUGAUACGUGAUACAAAUCGUAUCGUAGCACCUGAAUCACAAUAUGUAUCAUAUCAUGACUGCAGUGGCAAUACCCAGUACAAAUUUGAAUUACUGAAAAUCAAAAUAAACAACCAAAGACAUUACUCCAUCCUUAUAAAAAGUGGCUCUUUUUAUGAUAUGCAACCAAGUCAAAACAUGGAAUGCAACAUUAAAUAUGUUAUUGUUAAUUUUCAUACAUAAAUGGUGAUUUGAAUUAAUGACCAUCAAAAUAAACAGCCAGGUGUCAAAUUUUCAUUUUAUUCUCCAGGCUGUAAAUCAUGCAAACAAUACAAUAAGAAUUAAGUAUACAUGACAGAAGGCUAAUAUACAUUUUAAUUAUGGGUUAUACACUAUUUUAUUUAUUUGUAUUGUUUUUAAGAUGAUUAGAACAUAUAGGUAGAUUAGACUGUAUGUACUCGACAACAUAAUCUAGAUUGACUUUAUAAUCAAAUAUUUCCAAAAUGUGUGAUUUUGAGUUUGAAUGAGCAGAUUUUAGAAUAAAUUAAGACUAUUUUAUAUUAGUUGUAACGGGUAUAGUAUAUGAGAUAAAGUAUGAUACACAUCAAAACAAAGGCUUUCAAUUAUUGUACUUUUGUAUGUAUUCUUUUAUUAACUUAUUAACUAUUAUACUCUAAGGACACAUGGGGAAAUUACUUUGAGAAAUAGGGUACCAAAGUUAAAUUCUCCUUAGUUUCCUUUUUUAAUUAUCCACAUAUUUGUCUUUGCCACUUAAAUAUCAGAACUUAUGAUUUCUGCAAUAAAAAGCGUCACCUCGGUGGAAGCGGACGUAAAAUACAACUAACCCAUCAUCAUAUUAGUAGGCCUGUAAGCUCCCACUGCACUGCAGAUAAUUAAUUCAUCCAAAAAUAGACCCUACUCAUGAAAUAAUUACUAUCUUUUAAUUGCUAUUAAAUUCUACAACUGUGCAGUAUUUGUAAUAUAAGGCACUUGUUUCAUUUAAGUACUUGAAUGUAAAGGAACAGCAGCCAUAUGUUAUUGAAUUAACCACAAAUUGUUUAUACUUUAACUAUAAGAUUACUACAAAAAAGUCAAAGUACAUAUUGCAAACUGUCAAAUGUGAAUAAAUACACUGUAACAUAUAAGUGCAAUAUGUUCUUUUUUUGUGUCUUAACUGAAACAUUUGAUUGAUGAAGCUAUUAUGUGCACACUUGCAUUUAGUAUGUUCUUUUUCUAGUCGUUUGGUAACUUUAUUAUAUGGCACUGUAGUCAUAGGUGAAUAAGCUUUUCAUGUAAAGAUUGCCAAAUCAUCAUGGUAAUAUCUGUUUGGUCUGAAUUCUUAAAAUAUUUUAUUUUUAUUAUACAUUACUCUGAAAUGGAUUGAUUAGUCAUUAAAUCUGUUUUGGAAUGAGUUUAUAAUACAUUCCAAUCUUUGUCAACUUGCUGUUUAUUUGUGCUACAUCAAUCGCAGGUCAAAGUUUAAUUACGAAAUAAUACGGCCGGUAUGUAUGCCAGAUCUAAAAUUUGCGCAUUCAAAAUAAGUAGUAAUGAGUCCCCUUGUAUACCUGUAAAAUUCUCCAUCUCUGAAUUUUUAUUUUACUAUGUACAGAAUGAAUAAUUUGUGAACAUAUUAUUGAGACACUCCAUUGCCAUUGAUGCUAUUUUAUUACACAAAACAGUAUUGGGAUUUUUUAAUGUUUUAAAAUCAUAAUGUAUGUUUUUUCUGGAAAAGAUCUUGUACCAAUAUGACAUUGUUGAUAUAAUUUGUCAAAAAAGUGUUUUUGACAAAACCACGACAAUCGAUUCAAGAUCUUGUUUGCCAGUCGAUAAUAUGCAUUUCCAAAUUCUUGUUUUAAACAAAAAGGCAUCAUUGUGUUUUAUUCGCACUUUUCAGCUGUAUGUAUGAUAUCAUAAUAAAGAGCUUUUCAAAUUACAA